AGUGGGACCCCGGGACUGCGGAGCGCACCGACGGGAGAAGGUGGUUUAAGGACUGACGUCACUGCAAGACGAAGCCUAUUCACCAUGGGGAAGAUUGGCAAGGAGGUGACAGGUCAGGUCAUAAGCUUCAUAGGCCUGGUUGGGGUGUCGGUGACCUGUGGGAUCCCCAUGUGGAGAGUGACCUCCUACAUCGGAGCCAACAUCGUGACGGGCCAGAUCGUGUGGGAUGGCCUGUGGAUGAACUGUGUGAUGCAGAGCACCGGGCAGAUGCAGUGCAAGCUGAACGAGUCCGUUAUGAAUCUGUCCAGGGACCUGCAAUCCGCCCGAGCCCUGGUCAUCAUCUCCCUCAUCUUCGGCUUCAUCGGCUUCAUGGUCACCUUCGUCGGGGCCAAGUGCACCGGCUGCCUGGACAAGGAUUCCUCAAAGGCCAAUGUGGUGAUCAUAGGCGGCUGUUUGAUCAUUGUUUCCGCCGUCUUGGUCCUGAUCCCCGUCUGCUGGUCCGCAGCCAUCACCAUCACAGACUUCCAGAACCCCUUGACCAUUGAGACCCAGAAGAGGGAAAUUGGAGCCUCCAUCUACAUUGGCUGGGCCGCCACUGCGAUUCUUCUGAUCGGUGGGAUCAUCCUUACCACUUCCUGCCCUCCUCGAAAGGCCAUGUAUGGAUACCCAGGGUACCCACCGGCACCGAUGUACCCUUACGCAGGCCCGGGGCCAAACCCUGCGGUGUAUAGCCCUGUGUAUGCUCCCGCAUCCAGCCAACCGUACACAGGCACUGGGACAUACUUGCCUAGCAAACCAUAUGCAGCACCAACCAACUACUCUGCUAGACAAUACCUCUAA